AGUUCAGGUCGAGAGCUUGCCGAGUUCGGACGUCUGUCUAGCGUCGGUUCUGCGAGCGGCUAACACACAUUCACACACAAAUCCCGUCACUAGUGUCUGUGCAACCAACGUCGCGAUCCUACGAAAAAUGUGACUCGGUCAUCGUUUGUCGCAACAAAUUGAAGGCCUAAAAAAUAACGCAAGAAAAUUCAUUAUUCCACUAGCCUUCCUUACACAAUAAUAUCCUCCAGAACUAUCUGUAAUAAAUUGCUACCUUCACCCACCACCCAAAUUUUCUAGUUGCGCUGAAAAAAAUUCUCCAGUGAAGCUAAAAAAAGUUUUCAAACUUCUCCAUCUACUGAAAAUUAAAAUCCCAGUCUCAACUAUUUUACAGUGCGAUAAGAAAUUUUUGCAUAACAUUAUUCCCCCAAAAAUGACAGUUGUUUAGUGCAUAUAAAUGUUCGUGUGAAGUCAGUGAAUUUUGCUAGUUCUUGCAACAUUUUCCUGUGUGAGAGAGAGAGAGAUCAAUAGAAUCAAGACAGAUAAAUAAUUCAAUUCAGAUUGAGUGAGAAAAUAUUCAAACAUAAUACUGAAGUGGAGGUUUAUUUCUGAUUGAGAAUAAUUUUAUCAUGAAAGCUAAACUGAGAUAUGUGAAAUUCGAUUAGCUACUUUAAUCCACCUCCACUAUUCUAAUAUUGAACCAUCAACAUUCCUGUUAUUGAAAGUUCUCAUUUAAGAUGUGAUUUCUAUAGUAGACUUCAGUAGUUAUCCAGAAAUCUAUCACGAGUUCAAAAAGAGAUUUUUUUGAGUGGUGAUUUUCUUCCUGAGAUAAUAUAAGUGUCUAUUAUCUGUGGUUAUCAGUGAGCUAUUACAACAGGGGGAGAACUCAGUAUAGCUUGAAAUCAAAGAAUAGAAUAUCUCUUUACAUUCCAAAAACGAACUUUUCAGUUGAAGUAAUAAUUCUUCAUCAGUGAACGAAUUUCGAAAUCUAGUGUGUGUGUGUGUGACAAGUGAAGUAUUUUCAGUUUUGUGGUCUAGAAUUGUAUGAGAAACCAGCUGGUUUUCAACGAAAAUGUCGGAUCUUGGAGGAUUCUAACUGUCUGGGGAUCUUCAUCAGGAACCUGAGCACAAAAUGGCAACACUGAAACUGUUGGCAUUUCUUCUUAUGAGUUCGUUUUUCGAAAAAGUUAUUGGAGCACAAAAUGGCGGCCAGGCCUCCAAGGGGUCACAGGGGGCAAACGCCCUCAGCCCACAGACGCAUCAAGGGCCGUACUUCGACAAAGCGGCGUCCAAAAAUGUGACCGCUUUACUUGGGAAGACAGCCUAUCUCAACUGCAAGGUUAAAAACCUUGGCAACAAGACUGUUUCAUGGGUUCGACACAGAGACAUCCACCUGUUGACCGUCGGUCGCUACACGUACACCAGUGACCAGCGCUUCAGAGCCAUUCACCACCAGAGCUCGGAGGACUGGAGUCUCCAGGUGAAAUAUCCCCAGCAUCGGGAUUCGGGCAUCUACGAGUGCCAGAUUAGCACUACGCCUCAUAUGAGUCACUACAUACAUCUCAACGUAGUCGAGCCGACUACCCAGAUAUUAGGGGGACCCGAUCUGUUCAUAGACCGUGGCAGUACGAUCAACCUGACCUGUAUGGUGCUAUUCAGUCCUGAGCCACCUGCCUACAUAUUUUGGAACCACAAUGAGGCGAUAAUUAGCUACGAUUCGCCGCGCGGAGGCGUAAGCGUGAUCACAGAGAAGGGUGAGACGACUACCAGCUUUUUGCUGAUUCAGCGCGCCAGACCGACCGACUCUGGGCGCUAUCAGUGCAACCCGUCCAACGCCCAGUCUAAGAGCAUCAACGUGCAUGUUCUCAAUGCAGGUGAAUUUCCGGCAGCAAUGCAGCACGGAGGCCAGGCGCAUCACAGGACAUCUCAUAUGCACUGCCUUCUUUUCUGUCUGCUGCUGCUCAGGUUCUGCCCAUAGACCACCACAUACAUCACUUCAACAUGUCAGCUGUUCUCAUAAGUAGCAUCGAUACUUCGAUACAUCGAUAUAUAUCGAAGUAACGUCGAUACAUCGAAGUAACUUCGAUAUAUCGAAGUAGCUUCGAUACAUCAAAGUAACUUCGAUACAUCGAAGUAACUUCGAUACAUCGAAAUAGCUUUGAUACAUCGAAAUAAAUUCGAUAUAUCGACAUAUAUCGAAGUAGCAUCGAUACAGAUCGAUACAUCGAAAUAACUUCGAUACAUUGAAGUAACAUUCUCAGACCAGAUACAGAAUAGACACAUUAGAAUGUCUAACCUCUGAUGCCAACAUGAAUUGGAUGCGUGAUGUCAUACUGGUGCAAGACUUGCCACUGCAAGCUGUAGCUAUGGUGAGGUCCACUUUACUAGUAGUUCUGGGAACAGUAGACCUCACGCAGUAUUCUCAUCCACCAGUACCUGAUGUCACCUGUUUUAAAUGUUAACAAACUCAGUUCACGUUUGAAUUUGUAUUCCAUAUGAUUUAAUUCAUCCAGUUCCGGUUUGAUAAUCUGAUGGAAAAUAAUUUUUUACAAUCAAAAAUAUUAUGAUUUCUUCAGCAUUUAGUUCAUUUGAUUAUUUUUAAUCAGCUAUUGAAUAAGUUUUUUCGAAUGUGAGAAUAUUGAUACUGAUGGGCACGCAUAAUAAUUUGUAUUCCAUAUGAUUUAAUUCAUCCAGUUCCGGUUUGAUAACGUUUCUAUAUGAUGAAAAUUAUUUUUUUACAAUCAAAAAUAUUAUAAUUUCUUCAGCAUUUAGCUCAUUUGAUUAUUUUUAAUCAGCUAUUAAAUACGUUUUUUUCGAAUGUGAGAAUAUUGAUACUGAUGGGCACGCAUAAUAAUACCAUGACUGCAAAACAAAAUAUUGAAACCAAAGACCUUAAAGAUGUAUACCUCUUCAAGGUAUUUGAUUGAAACUAUAGACUUUAUAGAAAUACAGAAUACACUGGCAUCAAUGUAAACAAACUCUACAGAAAAGUUUUAUAUCUGAUGCUAAUGUCGCGAUUUGGCAAUUGUGAUGCUGACUUCAUUGACUUUGAGAGUGAAUAUACAAUGGGCCAUGUCUAUUCUAUAUCUGGUCUAAGGUAACAUUGAUGCAUCAUCGAUUCAUCGAUACAUCGAAGUAACUCCGAUACUUCAAUACAUUUAUACAUCAAAGUAACAUCGAUAAAUGAUACAUCAAUGUAACUUCAAUAUAUCGAUAUAUCGAAGUAACAUCGAUAUAUCGAUACAUUGAUACAUCGAAGUAACAUCGAUGCUGCCCAGUCAGCUGAUACUGACACAAGUCAAACACUGUUCUUGAUUGACUUCAACCUGUUAGCACACCUUGAAUGCUGGAUUCUCACAGUCAGUGGACAUUUCCAAAACAUCUCCCAUCUCUACCACUUGAUCAGCAUUCGAAUGUCGUGGAAAUGUUUCUAUUUGAAAAUCUUCUUUACAAUUCGAGAGGAGAUUUUGUGCUUGCUGUAUUGUUUCUGAGAUGUGAGUACCGACUGUAAUGUGGAUUGCAUUUUUCUGUACAAUAAAAAUUUUUAAUUCAAUUAAUUUCAAAUCAAUGUCAAAUCGCAACAGUUUUGUCACUCCAUAAUCUCUCUUGAAUGUUGGAGAUAUCAAAGGGAUGGACAAAAGUUCGUUUAUUUGUAAACUUAUAAUAGGUACUGUAUAUAAUUUUCAAAAAUAUUAUUCUAGAAUUUCAAUUGAAUGUCAUUUAGUAGACAAGAUGAAUAGAGAAGUGUAUGAUACAUUCCAUUUUUCAUUCAGAAGGCUGAACAUUUGAAUAGUUUGCUUGGUGUUUUCAAGAUAUUACCGGAGAUGUUAUUAAAGCUGAUUAUAAUGUCAACUUAUUCAUCACGAGUAGGUUCUUCUUCAAUUACUCGUACCUUCUACAGUAUUUUUUGUGUGAUGGAGAUAUUUUUUAAAUACAUCAUAAUUCAAUUCAAUAGGUUAUUUUCUAAUUUAUUCAGAAAUAAUUUUGUAGUCCUCCACUCUUAUGUUUUUGAAUAAGAUUUGCAAUGCAAUGAAUUUCAAUCUCUUAUUCAAGACCAUUGAUCACAAUUUUUGCCAAUCAUGAGCUUUGUCUUAAUAAAAUAAACUGGAAGCUGCAUUUGUUUAAUGCUGAUUAAUGGAUAAUCAUUAUCAAACGAAAAUCCCAUUUGAAUGCUGUAAAUCACCCUAAAAACUUCUGAUACUGAAAAAUAUUGACUACCUAUACUAUACAGCUUUUAUAGUAGCGCUCAUCAAAUUUUCCAUCUAGCUGUUGACCAUGUUGUCAAUAUUUGCAGUAGCAGAAGUCUUCGGGGUGAUUCACAGCAUUUAAUUGGGAUCUUCGUUCAAUAAUAAUUGAAAAAACUGAUAAUUCAAUGAAGUUGCUAUUCCAUUUUGGAUUUGAAUUCCACUAAGAAAGAUGAAAACAAUAACCUAAUUUCUUGUAACAUCAAUAAAGAUUUAUUACCAAAUGUUUUCAAAGUGAAGAAAGGUAUUUUAUGAUGAAGAGCUUCUAAAAGAUAAGAAUAAACUUGGAGAGUAUGCUGUGAUAUUAUUUUAAUGUUAUAUUUUAUGGAAAAUAACUAACGCAGGUGCCCCCUCUAUUUGUUAUGUUUGUAUAGCUAUGAUACAUGCAAACUAGUUUCUAAAUCAUUUUAUAUUGGAACUUCGAAUUAUCUAUUCAGUCAAUUGAGGUUUGUUAUGUUAUUGACAUUAUCCACAUAUAUCUGUGUAUGUUGAUAUAUUUAUUAAAUUUCCUAAUCGACUGUUAAACUGUCAUACCAUAGCCUACUGUAAAUAUCACAUAUUUGAGUAAGCAAGGUAGUCAUUAAAAAAAAAAAAUGUAUGGAAGACCAUCUCGUACUAUCUUGUUCACCAACUUGUUGUAACCCCAGAGGUUUUCACGUGUGUGUGUGUGUGUGUGUGUGUGUGUGUGUGUGUGUGUGUGUGUGUGUGUGUGUGUGUGUGUGUGUGUGUGUGUGUGUGUGUGUGUGUGUGUGUGUGUGUGUGUGUGUGUGUGUGUGUGUGUGUGUGUGUGUGUGUCUGUGUGUGUGGGUUUGUAUAAUAUUCUUGGCGAGUAUGAAUGAAGUCUUCGAGACUGGGACUUUAAUUGGAGUCUUUGAGAGUCAUUGGACUACAGUAAGGUUCACGUUGUAAUGGCAGUGGAGAAAGAUAGGAGAUCAACGUUGCCGAUCCUCUGUCUUGUCAAUGCCUUUUAUAGAUGGUAGCUGAUACAGGUUUACUAAUGCAAUAUUAAUGGUCCAUUCUUGUUUAAAAUAUCCAAUUAUAGAUGGAAUUAAAUAGAGAAUGCAUUUUAUUAUUCAUUUAUUUCCAUCUAGCUGUUAACCCUGUUGUCAAUGUCUGCAGUAGCAGAAGUCUUCGGGGUGAUUUGCAGCAUUUAUUUAGGAUUUUCGUUGAAUAAUAAUUAUAUCCAAUUAUAUUCUAUUGAGCAAGAGAUCAUAUUUUUCAAUAAUUUCAUAAUGAAUUAUCAUAAUUGAGGUGGAAUUAUUAUUUUGUUGAUCAAUUAUUAAUUCUACAUUGUCAAAAGACGAUCUGGCAACAGAACAAGGAGAGAAAGAGAUAGCGCUAUCCGCUUUGUUUGAAGAUAGACAAGGAUAGCAAUACCAUUGCUAAUCAAACACUCCCAUUAUAACGUGCACCUCACUAUAGAACUCUAGAGUCUUUGAGAUCUUUGAGAUAUGGAUGAUCAUUUGAUCGGAUGUGGAUAGACAUAUUUUGAAAAUAACAACUAUUGUCAUGUUAUAGCAUAGAUAAUGUUUUACAUACCUAUAUUAUACAAUUUAUAAGACCAUAUUUUAUUCCAGAACGGCUCAACUGAAAUCUCCUGUAUGUAUAAUAUUGUAAUAUCUUACUCAUGUAUUUCUUUGGUUACUCGAAUGUUGAACAACAUUUUUUAUUGGAUGAAUUUGAAGAACAUACAUUCUAUAUUUAUUCAAUACCUACCUAGCAACUGUAUCUUGCAAGUUUUUUUUUUUUGACCUCAAAAAUAUUAUUGAACCUCCUAUGUAAAUUCUCAUUUACAUAAUUAUUUUUUAUGAAUUUCUCAUAACCAUCAUAUCUUUUUUAAAAUGUAUAAAUUCAGGGUUACUUUCUUCCACUUUCUUUCUUCAUACUGAUGUGAACACUGAAACUAGUUCUUAUAAUUUGUAUUCUUAAUCUAUAAAUUUAUUCAUUUCAAAGGGUACUAUAAUUCUAUUUUAUAAAUCAUAUCCUUUAUUUACUAUUUCUCAUUACUAUCAUCAUCACACAAUUUUUCAUUUUUCACUCCAUAUCAAUAAUUGAUAUUGUAUAACAAUUCGUCACUUCAUCAACAGAUGAAUGUAACUUAAUGUAUUUACAUUUUGGUUGGGAAAGGAGAAAUAUUUUCAAAUUUUCAAUUCAUCAUUUUUCAUUGCGUGGUAUUCAAUCUAACAAUUUAUUAUAGAGCAUGAGUCUUCCGACUAUGUGUCAUUGAUUACUGAGGUAAUUGAUUAAUUUUAUUAAUGUUUUUAUCCUACAUCAGCCCUAAGCAAUUCAGCCCGACCGGCUGUGGGAGUAGCCUAAAUCUUUCCAAUAUCAUCUUAGAAAGUAGAGGCACCUUUUUGGACAUUUCUAUUCUAAAAAUAUGAAAGGCAUGCUGAUUCCGUUGACAAUUCUACUACUUUUAUGAAUUAAUUCGUUGGAAUGACAACACUAUUUACAAAUUCGCUGUUUCCCUGCGAAAUUCUAUUGACUUUCUUCCAUUUUUCUUUCAUAUGUGCCAUUCUUAGUCACUAUCAUUCUGUUAUCCAUUUUGUUUUGUCAAUUCCUUGUCAUGAAUAAGAUAAUUCAGGAAUUCCAUUAUAAACUUGAUUCAUCUUUCUUCAUUGUUUCUUUCUCACUGUGGGCCUAUAAAGUCAUUGGAAAAACAAAUUAUCACCAAUUAUUGUAUUAGUUCAUUUAUUUAUCCAGUCAUGUACAAUUAUCACACUUAUGUGAGAAGGUAAACAGGCUUAUGCCCAAAAAUGUCCCUUCUCAAAUUCUUACUACAGUCCAAAUUAAAAUGUAUUCAUUUAAUUGUAAAUUAAAUUUUGUUUCAUUCUAUAGAUUUAUCGAAAUAUAAAUUGAUUCUCCUUUUUGUUAAUUUAUUGCACUAAUUUGUACCCCUAAUCACUAUUCUUUUACAAAAGAGAUUAUUUUUCCACAUUCCAAUAACCUAAUAUAUAUUCAUCAAACUGAAAGAUAUAUUGAAACAGUUUCGUAGAGCAUAGUUAAAAAUUUGAAAGCACAGACUCUAAUUUUUUCAUAGCUUUGAAUGUUUCUAUUGAUAUCGUGUAAACUAUGAUAUAAUCAUAAAUAAAUUUAUUUAUGUUACAUGAAAGUGUGGACUCUGUAAAUAUUGAAAUGAUAUAUAUGUAUAUUAUGAUGUUGAGAAAAUCGAUAUGUUGUAUUGGAUAACAUUCAAAAUGAAUACUUCAAAUAUAUAUGGAUAUCGAUUGUUAUUAUUUAUAAUGCUUAUUUUCUUGUAAAUCUUUGUAAGUGGAGGUGAAUGACUUUUUCGAAAGUACCUAUAAUAAAAUAUUAUUUUCUGUU